AUGCUGAUAUUCUAUGGGUCUUAUGGAACUGCAAAUUGUACGGCACAAGCAGGUGUGACUUGGGAUGAGUGUAUUGAUUUGUGUUAUGAAAGUUCGGAUUGCUAUGUGAGUCUUAUUGUCAGCCUUUAGGAUAAAUUCUGAUAUCGACUAGCCCGAAAAAAAUUCUGAAUGAGCUUUUUUCUUGUAGUCUGCGUAUUCGACUUCAGCCUCAACUUGUAAUUUUUGUGGAUUUGGAGGAUUGAAAACAAUAGUGUUUUCAAGUUCUGAAACGACUACAAUUAUUGCAGUCAAGGUACUAAAUGAAUAGAUCAAAAAUGUGACGGAUACCUAACAAACUUUUCAGAGCGAUGAAACAACUUGUCCAGCUAGUCAAAAUCUAACCACCGAAUACAUCAAUAAAGUUAGAGUUUGUAUAUCCGGAUUGAUAAAACUCACUCGUACAAGCACCGCAAUUUGUGUUCAGCGUCUUUUCUACAACAUAUUUUUAAAUCAAACUUUUUCAACUCAAGUGUGUGCAGCUUACAGACCUACAGGAACAGUUAUUGGACUUCAAUCAGAUGCUGAAAGAUCACAGCUUUCUCCUAUGAAUCCCACUUAUGGAAACAUGAGUAUCUGGAUUGCGUUGGAAAAACAAAGUGGAAGUUUUGUUUGGACAGAUCCGUGGUUGACCGGAAACGGAAGUAUUUCUUGGGCUUCUGGACAUCCAAUAACUGGUUAUAAUUGUGCAACUUUGCAAGUUGGAACUGCUCUUAUACAAAGUAUCAGGUGAAUUAUAAGUUAGCGGAACUUGAAACAUAAAAUAAUACGUUCGAAGUUUCAGUUGUGGUGGAACGAGUUGUGGUGGAGCUACUUAUUGUCAAAGAGGAAUACUUUGUGCUUGGGCUAUUGAAUAA